AGGGGCAUCAUGUGUUUCCGGUUAGUGACCUUGGACAAAGGAUGGCUUUUGAACUGAGCAAUUUUGAUUCCCCUGUUCCUGUGAAAUUGUGUAGUGUCUCUUCAACAGCUGUCAAGGAAAGACAUUACUCAAAGCUCACAAGGUGUGGAUUAGCAUCACAUUACACUACAGGGUGAGAAGCAACCUGAGUCUGAGUCUCUACUUCUGGUGGUGUUGGCAAUGCCAUCUCUUUCAGGAGUUUUCACCUUUUUCAUUUCAGUCUGGAUUAUAAGGGCCAGGACACAGCCUGCUCUUGAGUCAAUAGAUGUUGUAACAACUGACUGCAGAAUUCGUGGAAUAGCUCUCUUUACUGGAAAACCUCCUUUUGAUUUCUCUGAGGCACAAGCAGUAUGCAAGCAGCUAGGGCUAAUCCUGGCAAGUAAAACCCAGGUUGAAAAUGCUUUGAAGCAUGGCUUUGAAACUUGCAGCUUUGGCUGGAUAGCGGAAGGAUUCACUGUUAUUUCCCGGAAAACUUCUAACAAUAAAUGUGGUCAGGGAAAAACUGGAGUAGCUGAGUGGAAAGUCCCCCAUAACAGGAAAUCUAAUGCCUACUGUUACAAUUCUUCAGAUAUAUGGAUUAAUUCCUGCAUUCCAGAAGCAACUACAACUGCAUUGCCAGAUGUUUCUACAGAGAUAAACUCCACUUCAAUUGUCUCAUAUCAGCACACUUCAGAAAUAGCUAGAACAUCUGAAACAAUGCAAACCAAAAGACUUCAUCCAUUAUUCCGUGUUAUAUGUGUAACAGAAACCAUGUUACCAACGGAAACAACAAGAUAUGAGGAGGAAAUUACACUACCACCAAAUCAAGCAGCCUUUAAAAAUGAUGGUGUCGUGUUUGGCGGUAUACCCAUUGCUCUCCUGGUUCUGGCACUUAUCUUCUUUGGAGCUACAGUUAGUUUAGCUGUCUGCUAUAUAAAGAAAUACAAGAAAACAUUCCCAUUUUCCAGAAAGAAGGAGAAAAGAGAUGAAAUUGAAACCAAGGACAUCAAAGGAAUAAAGCCAAGUAGCAAAACUUUAGAGCAGGAACCAAAGAAGAAUGGGAAAAAGGCCGAAGAGCUUCAAGCUAAACCUGAACCACCAGUAAAAUCAAAAAGAAACAUCUGGAGACAUUAUCUGCAAAAAAAAUCUGGAGCCCGGUUUUAUGGAAGGUUUUCUCAAUGUACAAUUCAAUAAACAAUUAUGAAAAAUUA